AUGACUACCAAGAAGGUAACCCUACCAAAUACCUAUAACCAGCGGGAUUUGGUCAGGAAUAAAAGCACUCACCAUGUGGAUUUGGUUGAGCUGGUUCAACUGUGGCCACACUGCCACUGGGGUUUACAGUCCAAGGACCUUCAGCUUGAGUUGAAGGACCAGCAUUAUCAGUUUGCAUGGCAAAUGCAGCAAGUAACACGCAUUACCAACCAGCAGCAACUUAUGGCUACAUUUGGCAUCGGCGAUACUUCUAAGGGAAAGAAUAGAAAGAAGGCAACAAAGGCGCAGCAAGACCGCCAACGGGAGGAUGACUGGGAGGAUUCAUCACCACUGUUGAGCAGUGAAGAGUCCAGCGAUAUGGAUGACAGUGAUGAAGAUUAUGGAAGCAAUGACGAACGCGCUGAGCACAGGGCUCUAGCUCAUAAAAAGGAGAGGAGGCACAGGGAAGACUUGCAUGCGGAGGCCUUAGACGCUCAAAAGAUCUUGAAUGGCGGGACAAAAUUAACCACCUUGAAGACGUGCGAGCUCUAUCAGCCUUGGACUCGCCAGUCAAAAAUUUCUAGUGAUGCCACUGCAGACACUUUUCGAGGCAUGAGGCUCAUCCAGUUCCACACCUUCGAGUGGUCUAUAAAAUCAGUAGCCUCACGCCAAAGUUGCGUUGGGAUCUGUGAGGAGGUGCCGCUGCAAUCUGAUUCGCUCUGGAGGAGAAUACCACCUCAUAUUGUGUUGCAUUUCAUGGUGGCCUCAAGCCCGCGCCUCGUUAAUUUUACGUGGCCAGAUGGGCUGGAAGUUGAUCAACGCGCACUGACUGAAGUCGAGCGUUCCUUUGAUCUGGGCUCCGAGCUAGCUGCACACAAGCGCGAUGUCAUGUGCUUGGGGCAGUCCUAUCAGCUACAGGCCAUUAUCGACACUGUGCAAAAAAGUCAAAUAGCCUGGGAAGAUACUACAGGAGCUGUCAACAUACAAAAGCAACCUCCCCUUAGGCCUUUGGUGCAACAUGCACUUGAAAAUAUGGUGAAGGGUCAGCCUUCUAAGUCAAAGAAGCAGGCCUCCCAUGAUGAAGUUCCAUUUUCCGAGUCAUUGGCAGUUUCUUACUGGAGUUCUAAUAUGGAGGAAGUUAUUGAUACAUCGGUUAUGAAGAAUGAAAAGUUUGUCAUACUUUCAUCGCACGAAGAUGACCUACAUCUUGUCGAGGAGGCAAAGGUCCAUGAGUGCAAGCAGAAGCUAGUGGACAGAUCUGAAGAUGAUAGGAAGGUGAUGAUGGACACAGGCGACUCCACUAGUGGAGGCAACAAAAACUCCUACAAGACAAUAAGCGAUGGUGGGGUCUAUGACAGUCAUAGAAUAGCAGUCAGGAGCGAGGAUUUGGAUGACAGAGAGAAUGAAGAGAGAGUUUUUGAUGAAGGCGGAGUGGUGAAACUUGAUGACGGAGAAUGCAGAGAUAAUGCAGAGACCGAUGUAGGAGACAAUCAGGGCAUUAAUGAGGGACACACUCCAACUUCCCUGCAUGAUCCUGCUAAACCUGACUGUCCAAUUUCCCUCGAUCUUAAUGACGAGGAGGGCGAAACAUCUGACAUCAAUGGCUCACAGAUUUUGAAGGAUAUUUGCAUGGAUGCACCUCCAGGUUCUCCAUUCACACAGCAGCCCAUAUGUGUCAGUGAUGAUUUGGGGCCUCAAGCCGCUAUCUCAGGCUCUGCUAUGGUAAAGAAACCUCAAAAGUGUGGUCAUAGCUCAUUGACAUUGUCCAAUGAGUCCUGCCAUAAAGGACCUGGAUCCAGCCAUGACUCUAGGAGAAAACAGAGGCAGCUUUGUGACAUAGGACACUCUGUGUUUAUGCAAUUCCAGGGGAUGGAUGACCUUGCCAGCCAGCUUGGCUGA